AGUCGUGAAACUUUCGUGCCACUCGCAUGUUACAUGCCAUACGUACAGAUUUCUCUGGCUGUCAGGAACUAAAACUCAUCAGGACUUCUCAUCCCUCCGUUCCGGAUUAUCUCGAUUAAGUCAAGUGUUUCGGUGUUACAGUCCAUUUGGAGUGAAAGGUUGUGAAUAUUUUGUCUGCGAGUGCUCCAAAGUUUUGCAGAAAGAGUGGAAGAGUGGCAGAUUGAGUGGUUUAAUACUAAAAACGGGUUGAUAAACUCUAGGGAGCGGCACAUCUAGCUCACAAAAGUCAAUGUAUACAAGUGAUGUAUUUCUCAAUAUAUUCAGCAGUGCUGUGAUGACCUGAACAAGUGAGAGAAAAUUCAGUAUCCCACUUUUUACCCCUUAAAUGGUUCUACAGAUAUUGAAGAAUCAUCCCAAGUGAUCAAUACGAACGAUUUAGUGAAAUUUAAUGUAUCUGUUUGCCCGGGAGCUUACUGACACAAACCGACAGAAAGUUCUCCAGCAAACCUCAAGAAAAAGUCAUGGAAAAGUUCCCGGCACAACUUUUUAUUGAUGUGCAAUGAUGGUUCCAACACUGCUGAUAGUCUUAAUGCUUGGGCAGAACAUGGGUUGUUCGGGUGGUGAGAUGGAAAUAAAUCAUAAUAGAAAUGGACCAGAGACAAUCCCACAAUAAUUUGGUCUGACGUGAAUUCAGCAACAUGAUGCAUUUUGAGUGCUAAUUUAAUUGGAUUUCCAACUCCUGCUGGUGCUCCAUUGCUGCCCCAAUUGAAGUAUUGUUGCGUUCUAUUUUCCACACCCCAAAAAUAAACACACAUAGGAGUUGAACCCCCAAACAAUUCCCCAACUCUUCCAGAAAAGUGAACGAGUGCCUGUGUGCGUGAAAUACGAGGUGGGCUUAAAUAAUGACAACAAUAAUUCAUAAUUUGAUUAGAACUUUCGCAUAGUGUGUCCAACGUCACCACAUACAGGCCCUGGCAAUUCAAUUCAGUGAAUGGUGUGGGUGUUAUUGUAACUCCAACUAUCGUGGUUUGGAGCAACGUAAAUAGUAAUUUUCGCUCCGCUAAAACCCCGGUGGAGCAUUUAGCCAGAGUUCAGCUAUGCACCCACUAACACUUUGAUGAUGGUGCUUCAGCUUAAUAUGUAAAUUCAUAUAUAGCAAAACGGUGGAUUUAAAUUCACGAUUCCCGUUAUUCUGCGUACUUAUAUAUACAAUACUCGGGCAAUUUAUAUAUUGUGUCCGCAGAAAAUGAUUCACAACGGCAACUUAGCCUUCGUAAAUCCUAUUAUCCUGAUUAGAAUGAAGCACUCAUUUACAUGAAAAUGACUUGAAUUAGUUUGUGUAGACUAAUUAGUGUGUAAAAGAGAAUACACGAAAUAACAUUUGAAAAUUGUAUUAACGGAAAUAUUGGAUGUGUAUUGACUAAGGAAAAAAAAGUAAGGGUCGGAAGGUGAUAAGAAAAGAAAGAAGACACCACCAACCCCGGGAAAUGCAUAAAAUAGUUACUUGGAAAAUGAAAAUACAACACUCAAUUGGCUUCAUCCUGAUGUACAUCGUAACGUUAGUACAAUGUUCUUCGAUGGAUCUGUACAAGAACACUCAUCUCAGUCCGAGAAUUGUACAGACACGCUAUGGAAGACUACAGGGAGUCAUAUUGCCCUUGGAUAGCUACAAAUUUCUCAAACCCAUCGAAGCAUUUCUCGGAGUUCCAUAUGCUACGCCACCAAUUAAAUCAAAUAGAUUCAGUCCGACACGUACCCCUUCGCCUUGGGAUGGCGUUCGGGUGUCAGAUAAAUACAGUGCAGUUUGCCCACAGCGUCUGCCAGCUAUUCACAAUGAAACGGCAUCACUGGAGAAGAUGCCCAAAGGCAGAUUGGAAUAUCUCAAGCGUCUCUUGCCUUUUCUACAGAAUCAGUCUGAGGAUUGCCUCUACCUUAAUGUUUUCUCACCAGUCUACGCUGCGACAGCGGAGAAAAAGCUCCCCGUUAUUAUGUUCAUACACGGGGAGUCCUUUGAGUGGAAUAGUGGCAAUCCAUACGAUGGUUCAGUCCUGGCCAGUUACGGAGAUUUAGUAGUAGUCACACUAAAUUAUCGAUUAGGAAUUUUAGGUUUUCUCAAUGCCAAUCCGAGUCCUCAGAUCCGAGCUCGUGUGGCAAAUUAUGGCCUUAUGGAUCAAAUGGCGGCACUGCACUGGGUGCAGCAGAAUAUCGCCAAAUUCGGCGGAGAUCCCGGUGCUGUGACCCUUGCGGGUCAUGGAAGUGGGGCCGCAUGCAUAAAUUUUCUUAUGACCUCACCCACAAUGGUUCCAGGUCUCUUCCAUCGCGCCAUUCUUCUGUCAGGGUCAGCGUACGCUUCGUGGGCCGUCGUCGAAGAUCCAGUGGUGUAUGCCCUGAAACUAGCCAAAGAACUCAAUUGCACUGUACCGAGUGAUCUAAUUAAGAAUCAUGAACAAAUAGUCGACUGCCUAAGGGAGAUACCACUAGAUGACUUGCUCAAUGUUAACAUUCAGGCACCCAGCUAUUUAAGUGCUUUCGGUCCAUCAAUUGAUGGCGUAGUUAUACGAACGGGACUGUCAAACCAGGACCCUGAUGAAUUACUGUCGUCUGGUACAUCGAAACGGUCUCAUGACUCAUAUCGCCGGUAUGAUCUGCUCUUUGGUGUAGUUACUGCUGAAGCCUUAUGGCGUUUCAGCAAUGUUGAUAUCCUCAAUGGCUUUGAAGGGGAGCGGAGAGAUAAAAUUAUAAGAACGUACGUUCGGAAUGCUUACACCUUUCAUCUCAGUGAGAUUUUCUACACGGUGGUUAAUGAGUAUACGGACUGGGAAAGAACAUCACAACAUCCCAUUAAUACGAGGGAUGCUGCAGUAGCAGCCCUAUCAGAUGCUCAAUUCGUGGCCCCUCUUGUUCACACUGGUGAUACCCUAGCUCCCCCACCUGCCCUUCCUGGUCAAGAGAAGUCUGGACCAAAGUGCUUCUUCUACGUAUUCGAUUACCAGACCAAAGAGGGCGAUUAUCCUCAGCGCAUGGGAACAGUUCAUGGGGAAGAUCUACCAUAUGUGUUUGGAGCACCUUUAGUGGAUGGUUUUAGUCAUUUUCCACAUAAUUAUACCAAAGCCGAAGUGGCAUUGUCCGAAUCAAUCAUCCUCUACUGGAGCAACUUUGCUCGCACUGGGAAUCCAAAUGAACAUCAACGUCCCGAUUCUGUGUUGGCUGCAACGAAGGAGCGCAAUCGAUUUAAAAGUAUUGUGUGGGAUGAAUAUGAUCCCGUCCAUCAGAAGUAUUUGGAAAUGGGAAUGAAGCCACGCAUGAAGAACCAUUUUCGAGCACAUCAACUCUCCAUCUGGCUCCGUCUAAUUCCCGAACUCCAUCGAGCUGGAAUGGAGGAUGUUAUUGGACGGCAUAAUUUAUUCAAAAACCACGACAAUAUGGACUUGUACGAGGGUCUUGUGAAACCAGACUCACUGUCACGCUUGUCGCUUUUCGAGGAGUCCUACAAGAGGCGCAACUCUAAUGAGUCCCUUAUAUUAGGUGGGAUUACCACCAUGGAGCCAUUAUCGUUAACAACAUGUAUGCCAGUGGCAAAUUACAGCGCGCUAAGCCCAACUUCUGCCAUUAAUGCUUCUACAGACACCCUCAACAGCCUCGAAGCAGCUGGAUAUGCUGCCUAUUCCACUGCCCUCAGUGUUACGAUUGCUAUCGGGUGCAGUCUCCUUAUUCUCAAUGUCCUUAUCUUUGCGGGAGUGUACUAUCAGCGAGACAAGACGCGCCUAGAGGUGAAGAGUCUGCAGAAGCAAUACCAGCAACGUGGAAUGCCGCAUCAGCAACCACCAUUCGAUCCCAUCAAGCACGCCCAUUACCAUCUGGGACACUCGCAGCCAUCCAAUGUUAUCGUGGACGUAGAGAAUCACGAUUCGGGUACAAUACUUCUUUCGAAUGACAUCAAGUCUCCCCACAUAUGUUCCAACAGCAUGCAAAUCAACACAACAGGUGGAUGUCUGCAGACAAAGAUACCCCUCAGCGACUCGGCGCCCUACAAGAGCACCCGCAAUGAACACGUGCCAAUGAAAAACACCCUCAAUCGUACCACCAACACCACCACAGGCUUCACAGGGUCAGGGAUGAUGACAUUGCCGAAACCAGGAAGUGGAGGUGUCCAGCAAACCAGUCAACUCUCCGCUUAUCGCGGUGAUGCAUGUCUCACGCUGCCACGAAAGACAAACACUGCCAAUCUGACCCUCAGCAAUGCGGGCAACAAUGAGCCACAUUUGAAUAAGAUACAGCCAAAUGGAAGUGCUGUACGGGCACCUCGACCACCCAUUAGGAACGGGAGCAGCGUCAGCAACAGCAGCAGUCCACCAGAAAACACACCCCUUCUAUCUGGCCUUAAUCACCAACAUCAACAGUACCACCUGCAACAGCAGAAAGCUCCUCCGGGCCAGCAGCAAGUACCGCAGGCGGCAAUAAGCGAAAUGAGAGUCUGAUUUAGUGGCGAUAUGGCCAAUAUACCCAAACUCCAAAUGGAUUAUUGAAUACCGUACAUAUGCGAUAGUUAAAAUUUCACACAAUUACCUUUUACAAGUUGGUUAAUUUAUCGAUCAUUUUUUUUUCUUUAAAAUCUCAUUUACAAAACCAUCUUUAACGACACUGUGCUGUAAAUAUUUUAUUACAAAGAAAAAAGUCCGAGGACAUGUUUCUAUACUUAAAAAAAAACAGAACUAUAUUUAUUAAGAAAAUGUGAAAAAAAAAUUGUUAAAAAAUCUUUUUCUAUAUUUAUGGAAGGACAAUCGCGUUUAUUUGUCUCUGAUUGAGCAAGUGUUGAAGGAUCUUCUAGACGAAUUCUUUUAUUUCUUUCCUAAUCCAUUUUUCUUUUUUAAUUUUCUAGGUGAAACAUAUCAAAAUGUAGAUAAUUUAAUUUCAAAUAAACAAGAUAACAAUGGAAAUAAUACGAUAAACUAAUAAUGUAUUUUCUCAGAAUGAACUUCUGUGCUUUGCAUCAAUUUGUAUCGAAUUUAGAUUUUUGAUAAAUUGCUCAAGAGUGAUUAAAAUUUAGGUGAUUUUUUUAUGUUAAGUGAGUGAAUUUGUUGACAAGAAAAUGAAACCUUAUUGUAUUUCACACAAUAUAAUGUACAUUGUUACUUAAAAUAAUAUAAAUCAAGUCGAAUUAA